AUGCCGGCGGAGGUGCAGCCUAUGAAAGUUAUCGUCGCAAGUCCCAGUCGGUAUGAUGCAAUAUUGAGCCAACGAAUGACUGUCGACACUCACCAAAGUUCAUUCUUUAGCUCAGGUACACUAGGACUCUACCAGGCAAUGCAAAUCCUGGGAUUUAGGACAUAUCAUCUCUACGAAUGUAUCGCCAACCGCGGUUUAUCUCACAUGAAAGUGUUUGAGGAAGCCGUGACCGCUGAGCAUAAUAGCCUUUCUGGAAUCAAGAAAUACAACAAGGCUGAUUAUGAGAGAUGGUUGGGGGACUACGAUUGCAUCGUCGAGGCUCCAAGCUAUCUCGGCACAGGUCUGAUCGAAGCUUAUGUCAACGAUCCCAAUGUGAAAUUUAUCCUCACCGAGCGAGAUCCAACGAAAUGGGUGACUUCGAUAAACAACACUAUAGGCCCUAAUGUCGAACUGUCGCGUAAAUUCCCAUUCGUGAUUCUGAAGCACUUUGAUGCAACCUUGUUCCAUACGCACGUUGUCAUAGAUACCGUCUAUCGAGUUAUGUCCGGAGGUACAGCGCUUGGUGAUGCAGAGAAUACCGAAAACAUGCAGCAGCAUUAUACUGAGUAUAUCAGAAGAGUGAAAGAAACCGUCCCCCCACACCGGUUAUGCCAUGUUCGACUCGAGGAUGGCCUCGGCUGGGAGAGCAUUUGCCCAUUCCUAGGUCUUCCAGUCCCGGAACAAGCAUAUCCCGACCGUAAUGAGCCUGGGAAGAUGCAACAGUUGACCCAAGAAAUGUUCAAGCCCAUGCUAGUGACCGCUGCCAUCAAACUGAGCGCCUUUGUUGUUCCAGCAGUCGGCAUUACUUGGUGGGCUGCCACUAACUAUGGCCCGAUGGCGGUUGCAGCUCUUGGAAAAACCCAGUGA